ACGUGUACCUUUGUGCCCUGUGGAAAGUUAAUCUGAGAACAGACCCUAUUCUCUACGGCAGCAUCAGUAUUUAAUGUCUGCUAACCCUGUCAGUAACACACAUUCUUUUAAGGGGAGAGAAAAAAUGCUUCUGUGCUCCAGUUUUGAAAAGCAAAGACUUUGCACUUCAGAAGCGAUGGGAAAAGUCACCGGUCUUCCUGCUCAAUUAUUUAAGUGCUGCUUCUGUGAUUUCUUGAAGAUAAAGAUGCACACCAUGUCGUCUUCCCAUCUCUUCUACCUGGCCCUCUGCUUGCUCACCUUCACCAGCUCUGCCACAGCUGGACCGGAGACCCUCUGUGGGGCCGAACUGGUGGACGCUCUUCAGUUCGUGUGUGGACCAAGGGGCUUUUACUUCAACAAGCCCACAGGCUAUGGCUCCAGCAUUCGGAGGGCGCCUCAGACAGGCAUCGUGGAUGAGUGCUGCUUCCGGAGCUGUGAUCUGAGAAGGCUGGAGAUGUACUGUGCGCCCCUCAAGCCUACGAAAUCAGCCCGCUCUAUCCGUGCCCAGCGCCACACUGACAUGCCCAAGACUCAGAAGUCCCAGGCCCUAUCCACGAACAAGAAAAUGAAGCCACAAAGGAGAAGGAGAGGAAGUACAUUUGAAGAACGCAAGUAGAGGGAGUGCGGGGAACAAGAACUACAGGAUGUAGGAAGAGCCUCCCAAGAAGCAGAAAAUGACAUGUCACCGGCAGGAUCCUUUGAUCUGCAUGAACCGCCUGCAAAACGUUGGAAAAACCUACCAAACAAUAAUACGUUCAAUAACAUUUCAAAGAUGGGCAUUUUACCCCCCGUGAAAUAUACACAUAAACAUUCCAACAUUGUCUUUAGGAGUAUUUGUUAAAAAACAAAAACAAAAAAAAAAAAACUUUGCACCUUGCAAAAAUGGUCCUAGAGUGGGUAGAUUGCUGUUGAUCCUUUAUCAAUAACGUUCUAUAGAGAAAAAAAUAUAUAUAUAUAUAUAAUUAUAUCUCCUAGUCCCUGCCUCUCAAGAGCCGGAAAUGCAUGGGUGUUGUAUAGAUCCAGUUGCACUAAAUUCCUCUCUGAAUCGUGGCUGCUGGAACCACUCGUUCGGCAGCUGUGUAGAAGUGGUUCAUGAAUUACUCUCCUUAUUUUCACUUCCCCUACAUAGCUCAAGCUGCCUGCUUUACAGAGUCCAAUAAUCUUGUCUGUCCAUCCCCAUUAGCCCUGCCCUGUCCCUGACAUAUGGAUUUGUUAAAUUUGGCCUCCUCAAAAGCAAUAGCAAGUUAAGUAGUCAACCGGCCCACCAAGUUUUAACCCACCCGAUUCCAUCCGUGGCAUUUGUACCAAAUAUAAGUUGGAUGCGUUUAUUUUAGACACAAAGCUUUAUUUUUCCACAUCGAGUUACGGCAAAAGAAAUAGAAUGACGGUAAUUGCAGCGUUGAGGCCAAUCAGUUUUAGGUGUGUGUUUGGAACACAGGACGUCUCUUCCGCUCUCGAUGGUUCCUUCAAAUGAUAAGUUAGUCUGUAACCUAAUUAGCAAUUUCUCUUUUUAUUUUUUUUCCAUAUAGAGCACUAUGUAAAUUUAGCAUAUCAAUAAUACAGGAUCUAUCAAACAGUA